AUGACGGCCACUGCUCCUGUGACAACGACAUGGCAGGCGCCGUCAGGCUGUGCGACUGACGCGAUCUACCAGGUCUGGUCAGGAGCCGAGUCCAGUUACAUCCAGGGCCCUCUUUACACUCGCGGCUCUCACUGCUUCCCGAGCGGCUAUGAACCCUCACCUACCCAGUACUACUCGCCGGCCUGGUGUCCGACCGGCUACACAGCCGCCUGCUCGAGUCUCUCCCCCGUGAGCUUGGGACUGGAGACAGAAACGGCAGUAAUAUGUUGUCCAACUCAACUCCCUUACGAGUGUCCAACGCCAACUCCUGUUGUGGGAGUUCUGCAGAAACAGCAACCGCAUUUAGGUUGCACCACGACAUGGGGUGCUUCAGUUGCUGUGUUCAUGGCAACAGUCGUCAAGUAUGGUAAAAUUAGCAGCACUACAGACGUUGCCGAGCUCGGGGGAGGAAUCACUGCUUAUGGCAUUCAGGUUCGCUUCAAAGAAGGCGAUCCGACGUUACCUUUACAAUUUGCCAACCUUGGCCAUACUCAGAUCAAUGAUUCAUCGUCUUCGUCAACCGAAACUGUUAGUAAACAGGCCGUGAUCGGGAUCGCCGUUGGCGCUGCUGUGGGAGCUCUUCUGUUGGCAGCCUUGACUGCUUUAGCCAUCAUCUUGUACCGGCGCAACAGGAGGGUCAAUCUUGAGUCUUCAUCGUAUGAGUCGUUUCGCCCUCCAGUUCCUCCCAAGAAGCCAAUGACUCCAUCUAUGCCGAUUGGUGGCACGCAUGGACCGCCAUACGAACUCCACGAAGACACUUCUCCCCGCGCUUCUCCCACGAUCUACCAACACCACAAGCACAUGUCUAUGGCGUCCAUGGCAAGCAUGCUUGCCAAUGCUAGCAAGUCUCGCCAACCUGCGCCUGUUGAGCUCGAGGCUGAAGUGCCGAAAGAUCGCAUCCCAGUAUCCCCUGUCUCGCCUGUGUCUCCUCUCACUCCAGCAGGAGACCAGGAAUAUCCAGAGCCUUCUUCUUCAGCGCACGACAAAGAAAGGUACUCGCCAGCCCCAGGAUCGUCUUCACACGAGAAUACCUUCUCUUCUACAUCACAAACACAACAAGGCAAAGACAAAAAUAGGGAUUCCUCCACAUUGUCACCAAUACAACAAGAGAAGCAACCUGCUCUUGCCCCUCCCCGUCCCCCAUCAACUUAUCGACAUUUGUCAACCUAUCAUCCCAUGUCGCCUAUCGGGCCAUCACCCAGCCCAAUAUCAGCUCAGGCCCUGACGGGCAGGACGUCUCCAGAAGCCUCGUUACGGUCGCCUGCGUCCGUGAGUAGCUUGUGGCUGGAGCGGACAGGGCGGGUGGAUGCUAUGCCGUCUUCUCCUUGGAUAUGA